AUGGAUCUUCCUGCUUCCAGAGAAUGUGUGGCCGUCAGCCUGUCAUCGGGAUACAAUCCACAGAUGAACGGGCAGAUGGAAAGGAAGAUCCAGGAGAUCGGUCGCUACCUCUGUACCUUCUGUCAUGGCCACCUGGACUCUUGGAACCAGUAUCUGGGUUGGGCAGAGUAUGCACAAAACUCCCUACGUCAGCCAUCCACCGGUCUUACACCUUUCCAACUGACAGACUACCUUCGCCGCUCCGAAACCCCCACUUAUCAACCUGGACAGAAGGUCUGGCUGUCUACAAGAGACAUCCGUCUACGCCGACCAUGCCGUAAGCUGAGUCCCAGGUUCAUUGGCCCAUUCACCAUCCUGGAGCAGAUCAACCCUGUCACCUACAAACUUCAACUCCCACCUGAGUAUCGCAUUCACCCUACAUUCCAUAGCCUGGCGUUGACAGAGCCGAACCCCCCCUCCCACUCCUACUGGAUGACGGAGCUGCCUAUUCUGAACUCCCGGUGCCGUAGUGGUCAGCUCGAGUACGUGGUAGACUGGGAGGGCUAUGGUCCUGAGGAACGCUCAUGGGUACCGCGCAACAACAUACUUGACCCAAACCUACUGGAAACCUUCCACUCUGCUCAUCCCGACAGACCUCCCCCUCGUGGAAGAGGACGACCAACACAACGGUCCAGUGGAGUGGAUGAUCCUCAUGUGUUCAUCAGUUCUGGUGAAAAUGUCCAUCUGCCCUGUAAUAAUGAUCUUUCUGACAGCAAAUCAACUACAUGGCUCUACUAUAACAGAUAUUCAGCAACGGUUGCACUGAUUGAAUUAGGGAUAAAGAAGAAAGACACAGAGAGACAUGAGAGACUGAGUCUGGGGUCUGACUGCUCUCUGAACAUCAAGAACGUCACAGAAGAAGAUUAUGGAUCUUAUAUCUGCAGACAAUUUGUGAAUGGAGAACAACAAGGAACUGAUGCAGAUGUUAAUCUGCAUGUUCUUCAUGUUUCAUCAUCAUCAUCAUCAUCAUCAUCAUCCUCACAGACUGAGAUCAGUCCAGGUCGCUCUGUGACUCUCUCCUGUCAGUUGUAUUCUGGAUUCUCCUGUGAUUAUUGGGUUCGUUCUGAGGGUCUUCAUCUGUUGUGGGUGAAUCAAGCUGGUGUUGAUCUGAAGACAGACUCCAGAUAUCAGAUAUUAUUCUCAUCAGAUCACUGUAUCAUCACUCUGACUACAACACUCCUGAAUGAAGAUGACAACAGAGAGUGGAGAUGUCAGCUUGCUCACAGAAAUCAACUCCAGACCUCAGUCAGAUACACUGUCAAGUAUUCAGUGAUUGUGAUUGUUGUCGCUUCAUUCGCUGUUCUCCUUCCUGCUCUUAUUCUCUGGAUGAUUCGCAGAAAAAGAGACGAUAACAGAAGAGGAACUGAUGACUCUGAGGAUCAUCAAACACGACCUGUCUAUCCAACAGGACAGAUCACUCUUCCUCAACAGGAGCAGACAGAUGAUCAUGUGACUUAUUCUGAGGUCACUGCGUACAGUAAAAACCAAGACCAAAAGAAGAAGGUUCGCUGUGAUGAUAAAGUGACUUAUGCUUCCAUCAGAGGAGCAAAAGCUGGAUCUCAGGAAAACUGCAGUGAACUUUAUGCCUCUGUGAACAAGAACCAUCACAAAUCAGUCAAAUAAUGACACAAAAACCACAUGAGCAGAAGAAGAUGAAUCUAAUAGAACUGAGUCCUAAUGGUGUCAUUCAGUGCCAUUAUAAAUACUUUCAAUGUCUUUUACAUGUUCACAAACAAACCCAAGUCAUGCUCUGAUUUAUGUGUAGUUAUUGCUUAUUUUUCUCAGUUCAGCAUGUUUUUUGUAUAGUUUCUGUCUGCUUGUUGAUCAGUUAAUGCUAGUGUCUUUAUUAUUCAUUCAGAGCUGCAGGU